AUGAAACUUUUAAUUAAUAUAAUAAUUUUAAUAAUUUAUAUAUCAAUUAUAAAAUCAGAUGAUAAUUUUAAUAAUUUAUUACCAUUAGAAAAAAAUGUUGUUGUAACAAUAAGAGAUUUAUCACCACAAACAAAUCCAGAUUUUGAAAUUGAUAAUCCAAAUAAAGUUAUUAAAGGUUUGGUUAAAGAAGAUUUAAAUGAAUAUGAUAGAUCCCCCUUAUAUUGUUGUGGGGAUGACCCUGCACCCAAUUUGUCAAGAAACCGAUUCGUUAUUCACAAUCAAACAACAUUUUAUAGUUGGUUUCAUAAUGUCAAAGGUGAAAAUAUGGAAAUAUCAAAAACACUUGUAUUUAAAAGAAACAUAACAUCCGAGGAUCCAAGAAUAUAUCAAUUUUCAUCAGAUAAUUUCUUUCCAAUAGAUAAUAUGGGUUUUGAAUCACCUUCCUACAAUGGUCCAGUAAAAAAAGGUCAAUAUAAAGAUCGUUUUGGUUUUGCAAGAAAUUUUCAUUUUUGUUUGGAAUUACAUGCAUCAUUUUUUUAUAUUGGGGGUGAAGUUUUUAAUUUUAAAGGUGAUGAUGAUGUAUGGGUAUUUAUUAAUAACGAGUUGGUGUUAGAUUUAGGUGCUCCACAUGAUGUAAUUGGUCAAAAUGGUCAAGGAUCUGUACAAUUGGAUGAUUUGGGUUUAAAAAAAUCAAAGAGCUAUAAUUUUGAUUUCUUUUAUUGCGAAAGACAUUCAACUGAUUCUCACAUUAUGAUUGAAACAAGUAUAGAUUUUAAAUGUAAAUAUUAUGAUUUUUGUGGUGUUUGUGAAGGAAUGGGUAAAUGUUGUAAUCCUAAUGAAUGUUAUGGAAGAUUACCACCAUGUGGACAUUUUGAAUGCCCAGGGUUAACAGAUAUACCAGCAAAUGUAGAUUGGAGGUACCAUUGCAAAGUCGUGGAGUCAAAUUGUUCAAACCAUGAUUCUUUUUGUAACAAAUACGAGUGUAACACAGAUACAAACAAAUGUGAAGUUAAAACAAAUUACAAUGUAUGUGAUGAAAAGAAAUCCAGUAGCUGCGUUCAAUCAAUGUGUGAUGAUAAAAAAGGUGGGUGUUAUUUUAAAAACAAGGAAAUUGAUCAAGCAAAGAACGAUACUACAUGCUACAAAACAACAUGUAAUGAAGAUACUGGCCAGUGGGAAUAUCAAUAUCUUUGUCAAGAUGAUUCAGAUAAAUGCACAAAUAAAAAGUGUAUACCUCAUUCGGGUUGUUCCUUUACUCCAGUAGAUUGUGACGAUAAAGAUCAUUGCACAAUUGACUCAUGUUCAAAAGAUACAGGCUGUAUUCACGAGCAUAUAGAAAACUGUGUUCCAUGUGCUAACGAAAGUAUUUGCUCUCAGUCUAAUGAUAAAUGCAAACAAUUAGAAUGUAAUCCAUACAAUUCUUCUGUUCAAUGUGUUAAUAGAAUGUCCAAAGAUUGUGAUGAUAACAAUAUGUGCACAAUAGAUACAUGCAAUGGUCAAACAGGAGAAUGUGAGUCCAAACCAAAGCAAUGCAAACCCAAAAACAAAUGCUCAACAGCCCAAUGCAACUCAAAAACUGGUGAAUGUAUCAAUGUAGAUCAUUGCGAUGAUGGAAUUUUAUGUACCAUAGAUGUAUGCUCCGACAAUGGUACUUGCCAUUGGUUACCAAAUUCAUGUGACGAUGGAGAUGCCUGUACUAUUGAUUAUUGCCUAAACUCACUUUCUUUAAAUGGAGGAUGUGCCCAUAAGCCAAAAACAUGUGUAUCAAAUAAUCCAUGUUUUGUUGCUUCAUGUGACAAAAAGAAAGGUUGUAUAAUGACACCAAUCGAUUGCCCAGUGGAAGCAUUUUGUCUUAUAGGUUUUUGCGAUAAUAGUACAAAGAAAUGUAUGACUGCAGAUAGACCCUGUAUUCCAGAUGAACCAAGAUGUCAGUAUGGUAUUUGUUCAAAUGAAACCAAAACAUGUAUAUUUAAAAAUUAUGACCCAUUACCAUUUAAAUGCCAAACUGCUGCAGUUAAGGCUGCAGUUGGUAUAGGUGCUGCAGCAACAGCAGGAAUCGUAAUUGGUGGAGCUGUUGCACUCGGGCUCGCAAUAUUUGGUGGUAAAAAAGGUUAUGAUGCAUGGAAAUCAUCACACAAUACACAAAUGGGAGCAUCUUCAGAAAACCCGUUAUACGUAGCAAAUCAAUCAGGUGGUGAAAAUCCACUUUAUACCCAAUCUUAA